CUGUGUGCUGUCUGUGAACAGGAGUGGAGAUGCUUGAUUCGGGAGAAGGGCCGCCAUUAUUGGGAAGCUGGGAAAAAAAAUAGACUUAAACACAACGUCACACAUUUACCCUGCAAGGGGUUCAACAGCAGAAAGGAAAACACAAGGCUUUCGUACGAACUGUUGUACUCUUCCAACAGUAGCGCUUUUGUAAAUGAAGGUUGAGUCUGCCGUCGCGUUUCCUGCGGACUCUUUUUAUUUUUGACACAACAAAGGAAAUAAUAAUUGGUCAAAACAACGUGGUGGUGAACCAAGAAAGGGAAACACACCGAAACAGCGCUUUCCAACGCCAGCCCCCUUUUCUCCUCGCAAGACGUUUCCAGGCUUGGUGAAAAAACUGAAGUUAAGCAGGAUUUUUUUUUCUUUCUUUUUUCCCUGCCAGAAUUUACUAUUUUUUUUUCCAGACGAGGGGAAGACAAAACAUCUAUGUAUUUCGUGUUUGAAAACUUCAGACUGAUGUAAGUGAGCACCUAAUGUGGGAAGCGAUGGACAGACAGCCUGUUUACUGAAAAGGCGGAAAAUAAUCGAUGUGAGCGCUUCUAGGGAGUGUUUUUGUCUGGUUUUUAAAGUAUUUCCCCGGCUGUGGGUCGCAGAGGAGCACAGAGAGGAAGAAAGGAGCGGACAAGAGCUGGACAGAAAUAGGAAUGAUACGGACCAGACCUCAGACCAGUGAGCUUCUCUUGCAUGGAAACCCUGCUUCCUUGGCAGCCUGCUCCUCUCCCUAGAGCUUGCGGCCAGCAUGGCAGGAUGAGCCUCUGCCAGCGAUGAUGAUGGCCAAAAAGCAAGAUCCCCGGCCACCCACCUACAACCUGGUUGUGGUUGGGCUGUCCGGCACAGAGAAGGAGAAAGGGCAGUGCGGUGUGGGCAAGUCCUGCCUGUGUAAUCGCUUUGUCCGGCCAAGUGCAGAUGACUUCUACCUAGAUCACACCUCUGUUCUCAGUACCAGUGACUUUGGAGGCCGUGUGGUGAACAAUGAUCACUUCCUGUUCUGGGGAGAAGCUGCGAGGACGCUGGAGGAGGGGUCAGAGUGCCGUAUAAAUGUGGUGGAGCAGACGGAGUUCAUUGAUGAUCAGACGUUUCAGCCACAUCGAAGCACAGCACUGCAGCCUUACAUCAAGAGGGCAGCUUCCACCAAGCUGGCAUCAGCUGAAAAGCUGAUGUACUUUUGUACAGAUCAGCUGGGGCUGGAGCAAGACUUUGAGCAGAAGCAGAUGCCUGAAGGCAAGCUUGUGGUGGAUGGCUUCUUACUCAGUGUGGAUGUUAGCAGGGGUAUGAACCGUAGUUUUGAGGACCAGAUGAAGUUUGUUACCAACCUGUAUAACCAGCUAGCAAAAACAAAAAAGCCUGUGGUGCUGGUCCUCACCAAAUGUGAUGAAGGGGUUGAGCGUUAUAUUAAAGACUCACACACAUUUGCCCUAGCUAAGAAGAAUCUACAGGUGGUAGAAUCCUCAGCACGUUCUAAUGUCAAUGUUGACCUAGCCUUUCUUACACUGGUUCAGCUAAUAGACAAGAGUAGGGGAAAGCCCAAGAUUAUCCCCUACUAUGAGGCACUGAAACAGCAGAGUCAACAGAUUGCCUCAGCCAAAGAUCGGUAUGAGUGGCUGGUCAACCGAAUUGUGAAGAACUACAAUGAGACAUGGCCCGCUGUCAAUCGCCGCAUGCAGACAGCCCCUGAGUACAAUGACUAUGUUUUUCUUGAGGGCACUGCUAAAGCCAAGAAGCUCUUCCAGCAGCAUGUGCAUAGACUUAAACAAGAGCAUAUAGAGAAACUUAGGAAGACCUAUCUAAGCACUCUGCCGCAGGCACUGUCUGCACUCUUACCACAGUUGGAUGAGAUAGACCACUUGAGCUGGUCUGGAGUUCAGAAAGUCCUGGAGACAAAAAGAGAUUUCUCUCAGUGGUUUGUAGUGCUGGAUGAUACCCCUUGGGAGACCACAGCACACAUCGAUAACACAGAUGAUGAUCGCAUCCCACAGGACCUUCUGGAGACCCCAGCAGCUGAAGCUAUCUAUGAAACACAUCUGGAACAGCUAAGGAAUGAGCGCAAACGGGCUGAGAUGAGGUGGGAGUUCAAGGAGAAAUUAAGUGUCUCACCUUUUAUCACACCAGGGAAGCCAUGGGAAGAGGCCAGAAGCUUCAUCAUGAAUGAAGAGUUCUACCAAUGGCUGGAAGAAGCUGAAUAUCUGGAUAUCUACAAUAAACACCAGAAAGAAAUCAUUGACCGGGCCAAAGAAGACUUUCAAGAAUUGCUCCUUGAAUAUUCUGAGCUAUUUUAUGAGCUAGAAGUGGACGCAAAACCAAGUAAAGAGAAAAUGGGAGCCAUUCAGGAAGUGUUGGGGGAGGAGCAAAGAUUUAAGGCCCUGCAGAAGCUGCAAGCAGAAAGGGAUGCUCUUGUAUUGAAACAUAUCCACUUUGUGUAUCACCCCACAAAGGACACCUGCCCCAACAGUCCACAUUGUGUGGAUAGUAAGAUAGAGCAGAUACUGGCCUCCAGAUUCCCAACUCGGUACCCUUCAUCAGACUGUGCAAGACUGGAAGGGGGUAGGGCCGAGCGGAUAAAUCUUGUCAUUCUAGGAAAAGAUGGACUAGCCAGAGAGAUGGCAAAUGAGAUAAGAGCCUUGUGCUCCAGUGACGACCGGUACGUGUUAGAUGGCAAAAUGUAUGAGCUAGCCCUUCGUCCCAUAGAGGGCAAUGUACGUCUGCCAGUCAAUUCAUUCUACACACCAACCUUUACACCCCAUGGUUGCCUAUGUUUGUACAAUUCAAAGGAAUCUCUCUCCUAUGUUGUUGAGAGUAUAGAGAAGCUUAGAGAGUCAACUAUUAGCAGAAGGGAAAGGGAGAACAGCUUAGCUCAACUCCCGCUGUCCCUACUUCUGGUCACCAAGAGGGGGGUGGGGUCCAUAGGAGAUAUUGGAGGGGAGACAGCUCAAACUCUCAUACAACAAGGGCAGCAGGUGGCUGCAAAGCUACAGAGUGCUUACCUAGACCCUGCCUCUCCAGGCAUGGGUUAUGGCCGCAAUGUCAGUGAGAAGCAGAUCAGCCAGAUGUUGAAAGGACUCUUAGAAACACGCAGAAACAUAGGGAGCAGCUCCCCUCCCCUUCCUCCUCCAUCCUCUGCCUUCAGAGACUCUCAGUCCCAGUCGAUGCUUGAGGCAGACCUGAGGAUAGUCAUGUGCCUGAUGUGUGGAGACACGUAUGACCUAGAUCAACUCCUUGCUCCCUUCCUUUUGCCCCAGCAUUGUCGUCCUUCCUCCAGCCUCAGUAGUGGCACCUCCGUUUUGCUGGAUCUUAGUAUAGGAGGUCAGAGGCAGAACAUCGAGCUGUCGCUCCUCUCCUUCCAUUCCUCAUUCUCCCUCCGCAAGACUGGGCUGGUCCAUGGCUACAUAGCAGUCUAUUCUGCUCGCCGCAAGGCCUCUAUGGAGACAUUAUGUGCUUUUCUGUGUGAAGUCCAAGACAUCAUCCCAGUCCAGUUACUAGCAGUAGGGGAGAGCCAGAUGGAGCUCUCAGACUCAGACUCAGCUAAGGAACAAGUUAGUCAGGGGGAAGACCUGGCCCAUGAAAUAGAGGCUAGGUUUAACACAGUAAUAUGUGGACACGGUGGGGUAGUAGGGGGACUUCAUAAGAUAGAUCUCUUCCAGUCCUUUUUUAAAGAGGUGAUAGAGAAGCGCACUAUUAUUGAGGCCACACACAUGUAUGACAAUGUGGCAGAGGCAUGCACCAAUGAGAGCAUCAGCCCUCGCGGUGGCUCUCCCAGCCCAGUUACACUUAUGGACUCAGAGGAUGACAUUGAUCCAUCACCUCCUUACUCUACCCUGAGGGAGGAUGGUCUCAGCUCCCACCUGGGAAGCUUCAAGCUGUCAGAAAUGGAUUCAAAUGAUCCCUUCUCUCUCAUUUCUGAGCUUAGCUCUUUUGAGAGCAAGGUGAACAACAAAGUUCCUCCCCAAGUGAAGCCCAAGCCAGUCCUUAAGGUUAAUCUUGGCCCCUACAUGGACCAGCAGGGAGGCACCAACCGCCGCUCCUUGCCCCAAGCUGUCACCUGGGCUCGAGGUAGUGAUGGUGGCUAUGACCCCUCAGAUUAUGCUGAGCCUAUGGAUGCUGUGAGCAAACCUAGACACACUGAAGAGGAAAAUAUUUACUCUGUCCCCCAUGACAGCACACAGGGAAAGAUUAUCACCAUCCGCAAUGCCAACAAAGGUCAUUCGAAUGGGAGUGCUGGGGGGAAUGGGUCAGACAGUGAGGCUGAUAGCAGCUCACUGGAGCGCAGGAGAAAGUUGUCUGCUAUUGGUGUAAAGCCUAGACUUUACAGAGACAGAUCCAAACGGCUUGGGAAAUUCAGCAGUUUUAGGACGAGCUUUUCUAUCGGCAGUGAUGAUGAGAUGGGGGGUUCGCUCAAGACGAGCCAGGAUGAAGGCGUACCUCAAAAGGACAACUCCAUUGAGGAUAGUGAGGAUCCUAAAAGACGGAAUAUUCUCAAGAGCCUGCGCAGAAACACAAAGAAACCACGUCCCAAACCCAGGCAUUCCAUCUCAAAACCCAUUGAAAGCAACUACUUUGGCAUGCCACUAUCCACUGUGGUCACUCCUGAGAGACCAAUCCCAGUCUUCAUCGAGAAGUGCAUCCGUUUCAUUGAAACAACGGGUUUGAGCACAGAGGGCAUCUACAGGGUCAGCGGGAACAAGGCAGAGAUGGAGAGCAUGCAGCGGCAAUUUGACCAAGACCACAAUCUUGAUCUCGUGGAGAAAGACUUCACCAUCAACACAGUGGCAGGAGCCAUGAAGGCCUUCUUCUCUGAGCUACCUGAGCCUCUGGUGCCCUACAGCAUGCAGGCAGAGCUGGUGGAGGCCUUCAAGAUCAACGACAGGGAGCAGCGCUUCCAGACGAUGAAGGAUGUUCUGCGCCGCUUCCCCAAGGAGAAUUAUGAAGUCUUCAAAUAUGUCAUCAGCCACUUGAACAAGGUGAGCCAGAACAACAAGAUGAACCUGAUGACCAGCGAGAACCUGUCCAUCUGUUUCUGGCCCACGCUUAUGAGACCAGACUUCACCACCAUGGAUGCCCUGACUGCUACCCGCACCUACCAGACAAUCAUUGAGAGCUUCAUCCAACAGUGUGCAUACUUCUUCUACAAUCAGCCUCUGGCUGACGGCCUCCCUGGCUCCCCCACAUCUACACUCUCUGGGGGAGGAACCUCUGCCUACUCUUGCAUGGCUGGAGGCUUCUCGUCCUCACCAGCUCCGUCCCCAGCUCCCUACGUCCUCCCUGCCACUCCUCCUGUUAUUCCUCACUAUGGUCCUCCUGUCCACCAUCAUUCCCAUCAACAUCAGUCCCCAUCCCAUUCCCCACCUCCUACUCCCCAGUCGCCGCUCCCAGCCCUGCUGCCACCCUCCCUGCAUCCACAUCACCCCCCAGCAGAGCAACACACGCUGUGAAACGGGGAUCAAGGGAAAGAAGCAAAAGAGCAGAAGGAUAACAAGAUUCAGAGUUUAAAGGUUUCAGAAUGAGAGAUUUUGAAUUUUUUGGGAACGAACUGAAGAUGAUGAAUUGACACAAGAACAUGAAGUAGGAAGAAAGGUUGGGAGAGAGCGACUGAGAUGCAGUAUGUACAGGGAGAAAUUUACAUGUUUGGGAGAAGAAGGGGGCAUUUAUUUCAGCCUCCAGUGCUUUUAGAAAAACGGACACACAGGAGCCAGGAAGGAGGAACACUGAAGAGCCUUUGAACUGGCAGUAUGAUCUUUCUCCCUCCCCGCCACUUUAUCCCUUUUAUCUCUCAGUCUCACUUCAUCUAGAUCUGCCCUCCUUGCCUUAUAGCAAAUCUACACACAAACAAGCGAAUGAAGAGUCAGAUGUACCAGUAAUUGUUAAAGGGACUCAGGGAGGGAUUAAGAAGUAAAUUACAAGGGUGAAUGUGAAGUCCAUUAUGUUGGGAUUGCUUCAGCAUAUACACAACCAUGCACUUAAUGCAAACACCCAGUGGCCAGUGUGCCUCCAGCAGCCAUUCUCCUCAGUCCCUUUGCUUCUAACUGUGCUGGGAAAUUUGGUGGAUAUAUAUAUAUAUAUAUUUUUUUUUUUUUUUUGGCAAACCAACCCACCUGCUGUAUGUAACUGGAGGCUGUGGCUGGGACAAAGUGGAUCACAGAGCCUGAACAUGUAUUUGUUUCUUUCACCACUGUAGAGGACUUAAACAAGAGACACAUUACAGCUCACCCGACAGGAUGUUCUCCCCGAUCACAAAUUCCUAUCUGUCAACCCCUUACUCGGCCACACACACACACACACACACACACACAGACAAAAUCAGUUUUAGUUGAGGCAGUAUGCCAAGCACAUUAAAAAAAAUAAAAAUAAAUCUCAUUCGACUGGAUCUACGGGGCAGCAAAUUAGAGCAAAGGAUUAUGGGUGCUGUGCUGUCUAUGCAUUUUUGGAAGGCUCCUCCCAGUCUCCUGUUUGUGCUCGCUGUCAUUUUUGAACUUCAUCCUCAUGCUCUCUUCUUGUAAACACGUAAACAAACAGCUUAAAAUGUGAUUUUUAAUUGAUAAAAACCUUGGGUCUAUAAUCCCAUUACCACUUUCCCCAUUUGUUUUUAUUAUUUUGUUCAUUUAAAAAAAAAAAAUCCCAGCUGAACUGUCAACGACUGUAAGUGUGUGGCCCGCUGUUUAUUUCUCUGUGCGCACCUGUAUCCGUGGCAUUCUGUUUUAAGUGAAAUUCCCUGCAUUAGACAGACGGGGAAUAAUUCCAGGUUUGGACCCUCACCUGUCAUGUUUCUUCUUUCACACUGUGGUGGUUUUACAAGUGAGCUGGUGCUGCAGUUUUCAUUCCAAGGACCUUGUUCAUAAAGCACUUU